UCCAGCGGCAGGAUGUGAUCCACCAGCAAGGAGGGACGCCAAUAAGGUGUCCGGAUCUUCCACUGGGUAUCAGAUGUAUGCUAACGAAGCUGGAAGACCAUGAUAACACAAACCUUCUACAGCCCAUUUGCUGCGAGACUCCUUCAGGAGCCAGAAGAAGGAGUCAGGUCCCCUGGUCUGGGAUCCCCAAUGGUUGUAAGCUAUCAUGGGUGCUGGGAACUGAAGUCCAGUCUUUGAAUGGUCUACGAGUCAAGAUGCUCAAUGAAGAGACAGGAGGCCACAGGUGGAGACAGAGGCAAAAGGAGGAUCAUGUGAAGAGCAACCUGUUGUUAUUGAGCACCGUGAGAGGAAGAUCCAGGAGGUCAGUGCAAGAGUCAAUGAGCACUCUACAGAGCACUGCAGCUAUCAGUGAGAACUGUGUGAGGAGCCUGGACAUCACUGAUGCAACAUUCAGAGAACACUGCCGCCUGUCGAGCACCCCUGCAGUCAGUGAGCACCCUCUGUGGAGCACAAUUCUCUCAAUCCUGCUGACAGGAAGGUAUUACAAUUUUGCUGGCAUCAGUGACCUGGCAUCUUGGAAUUAUCCCCUGCUUCAGUUUACAGAGGAAUAAACCGCUGCCCGAUCUCUGUGCCAGAAUGUUAUAGAGAAGGCGUUUUGUUUAUUUGAACUAAGCCAGUGACCUUUGCCAGCAUUCGAAUCAUGAGCUGCAAAUUACAUGGAGUACCUUCCCUGCAUCAUGAAGAAAUGGUAUCGAGUUCCAGGGCCGUAUGGGACGAAACUGCAUUUGCUCUCAGCUCCUCAACAUUUAAUGAGAGAUCCUGAACAACAGAUAAAGUUGACAUGAUAUGACAAAGAUCCAUGGUGGCAGGGAGGCUUUUUUGUCAUAAUGGUGAUGUGCAAACUUCAGAAGAUUUAGCCUUCAAGUUUGGACACACUGCCAAGAAUGCGGAUUCCUUUUUUAAGUGGCCAGAUGUCUCAUGUCUGUAGAACUGUGCUUUCUGAGACAUUUUCUUUAUUUGUUGGUUUAGAUCAGAACAAGAAAGUACAUUGCCUUCUUGAAUCUAAUUCAAGUCACUUCCCGGGUCUGAGAAGCAUACCAUACCUUCAGACACCUAUUUUUAUCAUUUAAUAUAUUAUGUUGGAUUUUUACUGACUGUGUCAAAGCUAGAUUUAUUUUAGAACAUAUAUAUUUCAUCUUAAGCAAAGUCAAAAUGUUAAAAGUCACUGUAUGAAAACCAGGGAAUGCGAUGGAAAACUAGCAGAUUAUCAGAAAGUAGUUUUUAAAAAAACCCACAAACACCAAAGGGAAAUCAGACAGGUCUUUGAUAACUUUGCUUCAUUGAGCGCCCUGGGACUGUCUUGGUCAUCUCUACACAGCAACAAGGCUACCUUCAUGCACAGAUUAUGGUUGUGACUAUCAAGGAGAGAAAAUUACUGAAGUACAAGUUUUUUACUUCUUAAAAGAAAUUUUAUAUCCUGUUAUUGCAAGUGAUACAACACCAAGGAGUUAGGUUCUCACAUAUUACCAUGAAUCCUUUUACUCACUCACCUCAGUUCUGAAGAGAGUUGACCAGUUCUCCAUUAAGCUCAGGCUGAACUCUCUCAUGGAUUCACUGGAACUUCAUGUGUGUUAAGAGCAGAAAUAGUUGACAGCUUUGCUCACUGUAGUAUCCAUAAAGAGUAGGAAAACAAAUUAGUGCUGUUUGCUCCUUAUGCAUACACUGAGUCCAUGGCAUGGGGCUUCAAACAUUACUAUUAACAGUUCUCAAUUUGAACAUUACAAGCUGAUUUUAGUGACCUCAAUCACAGAUUUGAUGGCUGUUGAUAUUUAAGAGGAAGCAUUCCCACAAUGCUGAGAGCAUUCCUCAUGGACAUGGCAUCAUUCCACUGAGAAUGGUCCUGUACUUUUUUCAAGUUGGUAGUCUGAGUUAGAACAAAUCUCUCUGCCUUUCUGGUUGACACCAUGAGGUAAUAGUCCUUCAUACAUUGGAAUUUGUUCCUGCACCCAUAAUGAGCUCCAUUCAAACAUUUUAAACACAUGAUUUCCAUAAUCCUAAA